CGCACCCGGCACCUGGCAGCCGGAGCACCCGCGCGAUGGUGGCGCGCGUCGGCCUCCUGCUGCGCGCCCUGCUACUGCUGCUGUGGGGUGGCCUGGACGCUGAGCCGGCAGAGCGCGGAGACCAGGAGCUGCGCAAGGAGGCAGAGGCAUUCCUGGAGAAGUAUGGCUAUCUCAAAGGACAGGUCUCCAAAGCUCCAGCCUCCACUCGAUUCAGCAAUGCCCUCAGAGAGUUCCAGUGGGUGUCCCGGCUGCCUAUCAGUGGCGUGCUGGACCAGGCCACGCUGCUCCAGAUGACACGUCCCCGCUGCGGGGUUGCAGACACUGACAGUCAUGCAACCUGGACUAAGAGGAUCAGUGUCCUGUUUGCUGGACACCGGGCCAAAAUGAGGCGUAAGAAACGCUUUGCCAAGCCAGGCAACAAAUGGUACAAGCAGCACCUCUCCUACCGCUUGGUGAAUUGGCCUGAGCACCUACCUGAGCCAGCUGUACGGGGGGCUGUGCGUGCCGCCUUCCAGUUAUGGAGCAACGUCUCAGCGCUGGAAUUUUGGGAGGCCCCAGCCACCGGCCCCGCUGACAUCCGCCUCACCUUCUUCCAAGGGGACCACAAUGAUGGACUGAGCAACGCCUUCGAUGGCCCAGGGGGCGCCCUGGCACACGCCUUCCUGCCCCGCCGGGGCGAAGCGCACUUUGAUGGAGACGAGCGCUGGUCCCUGAACCGCCGUCGCGGACGCAACCUGUUCGUGGUGCUGGCGCACGAGAUCGGCCACACGCUCGGCCUCACCCACUCACCCGCCCCGCGCGCGCUCAUGGCGCCCUACUACAAGAGGCUGGGCCGCGACGCGCUGCUUAGCUGGGACGAUGUACUGGCGGUGCAGAACCUGUAUGGGAAGCCCCUGGGGCGCUCAGUGGCUAUCCAGCUCCCAGGAAAGUUAUUCACUGACUUUGAGGCCUGGGACCCCCACAACUCCCAGGGCAAGCGCCCUGAAAACCGGGGCCCUAAAUAUUGCCACUCUUCCUUCGAUGCCAUCACUGCAGGUAACCACUUCUGGGAGGUGACAGCUGAUGGCAAUGUCUCUGAGCCCCGACCGCUACAGAAAAGGUGGGCCGGGCUGCCCCCCAACAUCGAGGCUGCUGCAGUGUCACUAGAGGAUGGGGACUUCUACUUUUUCAAAGGGAGUCGAUGCUGGAGGUUCCGGGGUGCUGAGCCAGUGUGGAAAUUCUCACAGCUGUGCCACGCAGGGGGUCUGCCCCGCCAUCCUGAUGCAGCCCUCUUCUUCCCUCCUCUGCACCGUCUCAUCCUCUUCAAGGGUGCUCGCUACUAUGUGCUGACUCGAGGCGGGUUGCAAGUGGAACCCUACUACCCCCGUGGCCUGCGGGACUGGGAUGGGGUUCCUGAGGAGGUCAGUGGUGCCCUGCCAAGGCCUGAUGGCUCCAUCAUCUUCUUCAGAGAUGACCACUAUUGGCACCUUGACCAAGGCAAGCUGAGAGUGACCACCUCGGGCCGCUGGGCCACUGAGCUUCCCUGGAUGGGCUGCUGGCAUGCCAACUCAGGGGGCUCCCUGUUUUGAAGACACCCCACCACUGAAUGAGCUACUGGUGCCUCUGGACCAACUCGUUUCCCCUGCCCCGGGGGUACAGCCUGUCUGGGAAAACUCUGAACCUCCUUGCAGAAGACCAGGCAGCACAGGUCUACAUCAGAAAGUUUGCAUUAGUUCCUGAAGGACACUGUAGUCUUUGUACUGGUCCUACAAUAUGGAGGUGGGCAUGGGAUCUAAGGAGAAGCCAAAAAGGAUCCUAGAUACCAUAACUCUUUCCCAAAAGACCUUUUUCCUUCCCCAGCCUUGGGAGUUGUAUUUCUUCUGCUAAGGGUGCAGUUCCUUCAAGGAGGCCGGAGUGCUGGGAUUCGACCAGGGAGAUGCAAAACUCACUGGAGAGGU